AGACAUUCGAGACUUUACAAGACGGGGCGAUGUUGAUGGCCUAUUAAAUAGGCAUUCAUCGCCCAGUAAUACCCACCAAAGGCUCAGCGCUCCUUUCGUUCUCCUAUCUCAAGCUCUGUUUUCACCUUCACUCACCAUGUCAACAUUUCUCCCGUUUCGAGACAAGCGGCUACCACCCGUACCAGCUGCAACUUCGGUGUACCACCACGAUCCCCUCCUGCAAGUUGAGCGCCAGACCAAAUACAUCCAGCGCAAUCUCCAGACUUUGAUUGAUGCUCAGAGUGAGGGUCUUCUAGCGGGUCUCGCUCGGUCACAGCCAGAAAACACAUCGGAUGGCAGCUUUACUCCAACAUCCUCGGUAGCUGGUCGAGCUCGGUCUCCGUCGACUACGCCGACUACGCCCGCUCGACAAAGUCCAGGCAAGAAGAUUGGGCUUCGCGCCGCACGACAGGGUAUAUUCCAGUCGAUCUAUGACCUAUUAAAGCUGCGAGAAGAGGAACGGGAAAUCCUGUCGGCCCAAACAGACGAACGAGACAAUGCGCUCCGUGAGAUUCAAGGGUUUAACUCAAGAAAAAAUGGCCUAGAAGAGGCCAUAUCAGCUAUACACAAUGACCAAGAGAGUCAAGAAGCUAAAAGGCUACAAGAAGAGGCCCGCGAUCUUGAGACUGAGAUUCACGAAAUGGAAACCAAGCUGUACGAGAUGAAGGCCCAGCAUCGAAAUCUAAUCAGCAGGAUAUCACAUAUCGAGAACUCUGUCGAUUCAAAAUUAUCCUCCUACAACGAGUCCUUAUCCCUCCUUCAUUCCGAUAUACAAAGCUAUCUUCGUGACCCCCCAGUCCAGCCGCUCUCACGGCGGUCAACCGAGUCUUCAUUCUACUCUCUAAACCCCAAACGACGUACCCUCGACAUGGCAAAGGAACAUUGGAAGUUGGAACAAGAUCGUCUACACAAGAGACAACACGAAGUAGAUGCCGAGAUUAUGGCUCUGGAGGAGGGGGGUGGAGUCUGGAAACAAGCUAUCGCGGACGUGUCAGGCUUUGAGAAGCGACUUCGGGCCAACAUGCGACACUACAUUGAGCUACAGUCCUCCGUGACCGAUUUCAAUCAUACACAAGUGUCGGAAACGAUGGGGGAACUCGCGGCAAAUGUCUCGGAAGACCUGGACAAGACUGUUCAGAGGCUGGAAACACAUUUGGAGCUUGCCGAGCAAAAGGACUGGAAACUUCUCCUUUGCUGCAUUGCUGCAGAGCUCGAGGCGCUCCGCGAAGCACGCGGAAUGCUUCUCCCAGCCUUUGGUUUAGCGGUAGACGACGACUUGCCCACAUCUCGAUCACCGUCAUCGGACGAACAGCUUUCAGAGGAACCCCCGGGUACGCAUGAGAACUUAUCUGAUAGUGAUGACUCUGAGCCUCCAACGGAUCUACUACAAGAUGGUCCGGUUCAGCAUACAGAUACAGCGUCAAGGUCCGAGGACGACGAGCCUGACCCAGCUUGGCUCUGAUUGCAUGAAAUAGGAAUUCAUCAACACUGAGAUAUUAAAUGAAUGAAUGAUAGACCCCUACUAUUUAUAAA